CGAAACCAAGAUGGCCGCCUCCUGGUUCCCCACGAUCUGAAGGUUGUUCGAGCAGGACCGAAGCUGCUUUUCAUUAAAAAAAAAAAGAAGCAAAGAGAUCUGAGACAUGCUGGGUUUGACAAUAAGAGAAGUGUCCCAGGCCCUGCGGGGGGGCCGCGUGUCCCCCACCGAGCUCUGCACCAGGUGCCUGGAGCAGGUGAAGAGGACCGGCUUCCUCAACGCCUUCGUCACCGUGACCGAGGAGCAGGCGCUGCGGCAGGCGAGCGAGGCCGAGAGGCGCUUCCUCGAAGGGAAACCCAGGGGCCCUCUGGACGGAAUCCCCUUCUCCGUGAAGGACAACUUCUGCACGGAGAACAUAGAGACCACGUGCGCCUCUCACAUGCUGAAAGGCUAUUUCCCUCCCUACACGGCAACGGUGGUUCAGAAGCUCUUGGACCAGGGUGCUGUUCUCAUCGGCAAGACCAAUUUAGAUGAAUUUGCGAUGGGGGCGGGCAGCACCGACGGCGUGUUCGGCCCGGUCCGGAACCCCUGGAGCUACUCGGCUCAGUACCGCGAGCGACCCGGCGUGGACCCGCGCUCGGACUGGGUGAUCACUGGCGGGAGCUCGGGAGGAAGUGCGGCGGCUGUGGCCUCCCUCGGCAGCUUCCUCGCCCUGGGAUCGGACAGCGGAGGCUCCACGCGGAACCCGGGGGCCCUUUGCGGGUUGGUGGCCCUCAAACCCACCUAUGGCCUUCUGUCCCGCCAUGGCCUCAUCCCUCUGGUGAACUCGAUGGACGUGCCAGGGAUCCUGGUCCGAAGUGCUGAUGACGCCGCCACCGCCUUGGGGGUCCUCCGGGGUCUCGACGUCAGGGACUCCACGACGAUCCCCCCUCCCGCCGCACCCCCGCACUUGCCCGAUGACAUCGAUAUCGCAAGAAUCCGCGUGGGCAUCCCGAAGGAGUACCAUGCCCCGGGUCUGUCCGCGGAGACGCUGUGCCAGUGGGGGCGCGUGGCCGACCUGCUCGAGAGGGGGGGAGCGUCCGUGGAGCAGGUGUCCCUCCCUCACACCCAGCACUCCAUCGUGUGCUACCAUGUGCUGUGUACGGCGGAGGUGGCCUCCAACAUGGCGCGGUUCGACGGCCUCCAAUAUGGCCACCGCAGUGAGGUCAACGACUCGACCGAGGCUCUGUACGCAGCAACGUGCCACGAAGGCUUCAACGAUGUGGUCAGGCGGAGGAUCUUGGCAGGAAACUAUUUUCUGCUGAAGCGCAACUACGAGCGCUACUUUAUGAAGGCCCAGAAGGUGCGCCGACUGAUCGCGCAGGACUUCGCGCGGGUGUUUCGCGACGGGGUGGACGUGCUGCUCACCCCCACCACCCUGGGAGACGCCGUGCGUUACUGCGAUUUCAUCCAGGAGGACAACCGGACCCGCAGCGCACAGGAGGACGUCUUCACACAGCCCGUCAACAUGGCAGGCCUCCCCGCCGUCACCGUGCCGACGGCACUGUCGAGCAGAGGCCUCCCCAUCAGCCUGCAGCUGAUUGGCCGAGCCUCGCAUGACUGGCAGCUUCUGGGCGUGGCCAAGUGGCUGGAGCAACGCCUGGAGUUCCCAGCCAUCCAGCUGCCCCAGGAUGUGAGCCAAGCGGAGCGAGAGGCCGGCGUCCCCGGCAGGGUGCGGACAUCGGUGCUGUGAUGUCACCGGCUCCCCGCUGGACUUAGAGUGGACGCCUAGGGGGACAAUACAGUUUGAGAACAGUGAUUCUCGCACGCUGCUGUAAGAGGCUACGGUUCGGGGUGAAACGUAUGGGUAUAUUACCUUAUGUUCUUGAUGUGAAGGUGGGCCUCGGGUUAGGAUAAGUCGAAAAGUCUGUCGUGGCCAAGUGUGCCGGGUGUGUGUCGUCCCGCACGUGCUGCAAACCCCCCGCAGGAGACGUGGGAGCCGUCUGCUGGUAUGAGAGGAAAGCAGCCCUUUCUAAAUAAAGGUGUUAAGUUAUUCAGCUAAGAUGUGAGUUCCACGAUUCCUUUCUGCUGAGGACCCCACACG